UAUAGUGCUAUUUCUCUAGAUAAAGGUUCAUCAAUAGUGGCUGUGAAUGUGAUCGAAGUGGUGAAGCUUGUGUUUCUCAAAGAAAUCGUUACUCGAUUACGAUACAACAAUAUAAUCAGGUAUUUUGCUUUUAUUUAUUGAUUUUUGCAAUUUUGUAUUUGUUUUUUUUGCAGGGGAAAAUAUUUAAAGCACAAUAAGAAUCAACACUGAGAGAUUUUUGUAAGUAUUUAUUGCUAACUUAAUCAUAUCAAAUGCUUUUAAUUUCAGCAAUAUAAAAAAGAUGCAUACAUAGAAUCAACUUUACAAAAUAUUCAUUUUAAAAAGGUUAAAGGUCAAAAAGUCAAAAAGUCAAAAAUCAUUAAUAGUUUUAGCAUAUAAAAUUACACUUGAUUUUUUAGGAUGCAAAUAAAGCAACAUCGGUUUAUAGUGGUCAAAAUUUAAAUAUUUAAGAUUUGGGGUUAAAACGUGAUUUAUUUAAAUACACGAGAUUUUUUGGACCCAAAUAAAGAAAACCUUAAUUUUGGAGAUCCAACUUAAAAGAUAUAGACUUGAAGGUGUAAAAAAGAAACAUAAACAGUUACAAACGCCUCCCCUCCCGCGUCCACGUAGGAUUUUGGCGCGAACGCUGACCUGUCAAUUACACACGUCUAUCUCCCACGUAAGCAUUCGCGCCAAAAAGAAAACCCUAUUACUCUGCCAUCGCUCUCUAUCGUUUCCAUCUUCACUCGUUUCCUCACAACACACACACACCCCCUCUGAGGAAAUGGAUUCCGCCGGAGCUUCUUCGUCGCCGUUUGAUUCGUUCAAAUCAAAGAAAGUCCUUCGCUCCUCCGUCAGCAAACAGCACUCUGCCGAUGAAGCAUGUGGAACACCAGAUCAGAGUCUGUGGAGCUCCAAAACUCCUGAAAAGCCCACAUAUCCGCCUCGAAGAUCUCUCACCCGCCGCCAACCAUUGCGUUCACUGCGUCAAGUCAAGGAAGCGGCCAAGCAGCUCCGAAAAUCAGAUCUGAAGCCUUCUGUUCCCUUUGACCCGUUAGAAUCCUCCGAUAUCCCAAGCGAAACCCCAAUCACGAAACCCAAAACCCCCAAAGCCCUUCCAGAAAGGUACGAGAUAUUGGAUAAAUUCUUCAAUAGCUUGCAAUCGUCAAUAAGAAUUCUUCACUUGAAAGGAUCUGCGUCGACGUUUACAAACAUUAGCCGUGCGGUUGAGAGUUUAACAGACAGGAGGUUCACCUAUCGUCAUCUAGCUCAGCUCAAGUUUAUUUUACCUGAGGGGAUCGAGAUAAAGAAGAUUCUUCUCCGCGAUGACCUCACUAGUUGCAUGAAACCAGAUCUUGAUGUGACUUUGAACUUCAGCAUUAUUCAGGAUGAUGAAAAGCUCAAAUCAGAGAACAAGAAUAUACAGAUGAAGAAAUUGUUUCGAUCCCGGCUUGUGAGCUUCCAUAAAUCAAAUCCCGAGGGAGAUGAAGUUCCAGAGGAGAUGUUACCCGAGCCAUUCAAUCAAUCCAGCUGUGUGACAUCUUCAAAUGCGAUGAAAAAACCCAAUUUGCGCUCAGUUCAGGAUACAGUUUCCCAACAGCAACAGCAGACUGUGGUAGCAUCUCAUAUGCCUCAAUCUUUCAAGAGAUGUUUCUCAAAGCAAGCUUCUGACCAUAGUUCCACCAAAAUAGCUUGUGUACCCAUGGCUCCAUCCCCAAUUAAAAUGUGUUCAAAGCUACCUGAAACUCCACUCAAGAGCUUUUCAAAGAAGGGAGAUGACGGAACUCCAGCCAAGCUUAUUUCGACUCCAAUCAGUGCUACACCUGCACAAGCAGCUUAUCGGCCAGUAAGGAGUAUUAUGACCCCUGAUGAUGAUGAAUAUUCAGUCAUGUCUCCUACCAAAUCAACGCCUAGCAAAUUAACAAGGCGUUCAGGUGGCAGAAGAUCAAUAACGUUUGACACUCCUGUCAAAAGGGCAUCUGAUGAUGAUGAUGAUGAUUGUGAUAUUCUUUCAGGGGAUCUCUUUGCAUCGAUUAAAGAAAAAGAGCGGAAAGCAAAAGAGGAGAAUGAUCCAGCAAUCUCACAUGCUAAAUGGAGGAAACAAAUGAUUGCAGGGUUACCCAAGCUUUUUGACUCUCUUUUGUUUAUUUUUCAAAAACGUUCAGUCAUCACAAAAGUGGAGCUCAUACGCACAAUAAUCUCAUGCCGUUUGGAAAUUGUUGAUAGAAGAGAAGUUGAGGAACAACUCAUGUUGUUGCAAGAACUAGCACCUGAAUGGAUUCAUCAGAAAAUGGCAUCCAGUGGUGAUCUUCUCUUCUGUGUUAACAAGAUAUCAAGCCCAGAGUCAAUUCGCACAAGAUUAUCAGAAGCUAGCUAAGUUGAUGCUCGUUAAUUAGAUUGUAAAUAUUUUCACCCUUUUAUUUUUUUAAUUAAAGAUUUUGCUAAAAGUUUUAGGUCAAUCAGUUAUCCUCUUAGU